CACACGUGUUUUGGACUGAAGAUAUCGGACAUCCUCAGCAGUCACUGUGAUCUGAUCUGAUCAGUGCGCGCGGAGCUCCAUCUGAUCCGUGCGCGCGCGCUUCUGGAGAGGUUGGGGUCCCAGUCCACCACCGCGCUCCAGACCAAAACGCAUCAUGAUCCGACACAAACGGGACUUUCGGAGCACAACACUCGCUUCUGAGAUCGAGGUCUCCGAGGCAUCCGGACGCAGAGCUCCGAAGGGAAAAAUGCAUGCUCCACGAUGAACUGGGAUGUGGUGGUUCACCUUCCUGUGAAAUAAUAAUGGCUUGCCGGGCUGGGUGCUGCUGCUCCAGCGUCGGUUCUCUAAACGAAGACAACGCCAGGUUUCUCAUGCUGGCUCUGCUGAUCAUCAUCUACCUGUUGUGCGGGGCGGCGGUGUUCUCGGCGCUCGAGCAUCCGAAGGAGACGCUCGCCAAGGAGAGGUGGGCUCAGAGGGUCGAGCAGUUCGCCCGCAAGUACAACCUGAGCCGGGACGACCUCAAGAACUUCCUCAGGAGCUACGAGGAGGCCAAUGUGGCGGGAAUCCGCGUGGACGCCACCAGACCGAGGUGGGAUUGCGGGAGCUUUUAUUUCGUCGGAACGGUCGUUUCAACCAUCGGUUUCGGGAUGACGACACCCGUCACUAUCGCCGGGAAGAUAUUCCUGAUCUUUUACGGGCUCAUCGGCUGCGCUGCCACCAUUUUGUUCUUCAACCUCUUCCUGGAGCGAGUCAUCACGGUCAUCGCCCUCGUGUUGAAGUCCUUCCACGAGCGCAGAGAGCGCCGCAAAGCCGGGCCGCCCCAGGACUGCCGGCGCCCCUCCACCGACAGCCGAGAGCGGCGCACGGACAGCUUGGCCGGCUGGAAGCCCUCGGUGUACUGCGUCAUGCUCAUCUUAGGAGCCGCCUCCAUCGUGGUCUCCUGCUGCGCCUCGGCCAUGUACUCGGCCGCCGAGGGCUGGGAGUACCUAGACGCCCUCUACUUCUGCUUCGUGGCUUUCAGCACCAUCGGGUUCGGGGACAUGGUGAGCAACCAGCGGGAGGCUUACAGAGCUCCAGCGGCCUACAGGGUGGGCAACUUCCUGUUCAUCCUCACCGGGGUGUGCUGCAUCUACUCGCUCUUCAACGUCAUCUCCAUCGUGAUCAAGCAAGUCCUUAACUGGCUCCUGCGGAGGCUGGAGGCUCCCUGUCGCUGCCCGGGGCGAGGGAACCGGCAUCCGCGGAGGAACGUGGUGGUCCCCGGCCACAUGAGGACCAGGCGGGACAACUCCAUCGAGACGGACGGGGUCAACGACAGCGAGGCGGACGGACGGCGGAUGUCUGGAGAGAUGAUCUCCAUGAAGGACUUUCUGGCCGCUAAUAAAGUGAAUCUGGCCAUCAUGCAGAAGCAGCUGUCGGAGAUGGCCAACGGACAUCCUCGUCAGUUAGGAAGCGGCUCGAGACACAACGAAGUUCUCGGAGUCGGAGCGCUGGGAAUCAUGAACAACCGGCUGGCGGAGACGAGCGUAGACAGAUAA